AUGUCUGAAUCCGAUAGUUCUGAAGAGCCGCAAGCAACACAGGUGCAGACCGUCGAGAAGAAGAAGAUGAAGCUAAGAAAACUACCCGCCGAUGUGUUUGCACGCAAGAUCCAGUACUUCUCUGGACCCGAAGUCACCGUUCGUGUAUGUGGAAGGGACUUCAUACUUCCUAAAAGCCUCCUCUGCUACAACUCGACCUUCUUUGACCGUGCUUUUAACGGCCCCUGGAAGGAAGGCGUUGAGCAAGAGAUCACCCUUUCGUCUGCUUCGGUCGAGGCAUUCGAGAUGGUUGUCCAAUGGAUGUAUACUUCGAAUGCUGUCAUUCCAAAACCACGACUGGAACCUCAACCUCAGCCUCAGCCUCAAUCAGAUGGACAGAGAACUAUCAUCGACUUCGAAUACUUGAACGAUGGUGACACUUAUUACGACCCGGAUGAAAGCUCUUCCAACGACAAGAGUGAUGUCAAAGUUAACUCUCAAAACAUCAUCUCCUACCUCGGCUUUCUCAAGCUGGCAGACGAGCUUGAUCUGCUAGGUCCAUUUGACGAUAUUCUGAGCAACAUCAAGGAGAUUCUCAUCUCAUCUCAACUCUCACUUCAACCAGAGCAUAUCCGCGGUGCUUCGGAGUUGCCAUCUGGCCAUGGUCUUCGGAAGCUCUUUGCCCAAGCUUGUGUCAAACGUUACAUUAACGACACUAUAAGGGACAGCAAGAGCUUCAGAUUCGCAACUGAGAUGGAUGAAGUUGAAAGCUUCGCUGCCGAUUUGUUCAAAGAGGUUGAUAAGGUUCUCCGCCAAAGGCAUAAAAUGGCUAAGACUCGACCCGAAUACUCCUACUUUGACCCACUCACAGGCGAACGAUUCAUGGCCUAGUGGGGAACGUAAUUGUAUGGGGAUUAGCAUACGACAAAGGUCUAGCUUGGCAGAAGGGCAAAGCUGAUAUCUGGGGCUCUUUUAGCAUC